AGGUGAGUCAAUAGUGCUUAUUUUGUUCUCAACUUUUGAGAGAGAGCCAUCUAGUGUCAGUCGGGCCAAGCUCGUGCGAGUGAUUAGUGCAACUGUGUAGUGUUUACGGAAAUACUAAAUAAUCAAAAUGCCUGGACGUCCUAUCUGGCAGUGCGCCAACAAACGCGAGCCCGAAAAGGAGCAGGAGGCGCAGAGAUGGAUCGAAGCGGUCAUCGGAGAGAAGUUCCCAUCAAACCUCCCAUACGAGUUGGCCCUCCGUGAUGGCAUCAUCCUCUGCAAGCUAAUGAACAAGCUUCAGCCAGGCAUCAUCUCUAAAGUGAAUGUUUCCGGGGGCGACUACAAGUUCAUGGACAACAUUAGCCAAUUCCAAAAGGCCUGCAUCAAAUACGGAGUUCCAGAUACGGACCUGUUCCAAUCAACUGACCUCUGGGACCAAAAGAACAUCGCGCUGGUGACGCAAACAAUCUUUGCCCUCGGCAGGACGUCAUACAAACAUCCAGAAUGGCGUGGUCCCUUCCUUGGCCCGAGACCUGCUGAAGAAAACCGCCGUGAGUUCAGCGAAGAUGUCCUCCGUGCAGGAGAAUCAGUUAUCGGCCUACAAGCUGGCACAAACAAAUUGGCAUCACAAUCGGGACAAAGCUUCGGUGCUUCGCGCAAGAUCAUUCUCGGCAAGUGAAGUUACCAAGGCGCUAGGAAUCCGAAGCGUUAUACAACGAACGCAUCAUAAGUCUAGGUCAUACAAUAUAAAUGUAGGUAGUAAUAAACUUAUACAAUUGAAUAAUUUUGUAAUAUUAUUAUGGAUCUGUUGACUUACGUAAUGAUAAGAUAACAACCCCAGUUAUUUUAUUGUUGUGGUUAAUUUUUAAUUUAAUUUAUAUUUUUACUAUGAACAAACAACUUGACUCCAAACUUAUUCCAAAGAAUCUAGAUAAAUAAACUGUGCCUACCUACCGAUUAAAUAUUUUAAAUUACUCCUAUUUGCUUAAUGUAAGACCUAUUUACUUACCUGUUUAAUAUCAUAAGUCAUUAUUAUUAUAAUUUAAUAAAUUAAAAUAUUAAGUAUGUAUAAAGCUGUUAGCAGAAUUCGUAAGAAAAAUAUUAGGUACCUAGUUAUAUAAGUACUUACCUACUUUAAAUAAAAGAAUAUGAAAAUUCA